CCCAAAACGACUGUACCCACGACUGCUGCACUCACGACUGCUACACCUACAACUGCUGCACCCACAAUAACUGUACCCACGACUGCUGCACCCACAAUGACUGUACCCACGACUGCUGCACCCACGACAGCUGCACCUACAACUGCUGCACUCACAAAAACUGUACCCACGACUGCUACACCCACGACUGCUGCACCUACAACUGCUGCACCCACAACAACUAUACCCACGACUGCUGCACCUACGACUGCUGCGCCCACAACGACUGUACCCACGACUGCUGCACCCACGGCUGCUGCACCUACGACUGCUGCACCCACAACGACUGUACCCACGACUGCUGCACCCACAACUGCUGCACCCACAACUACUGUACCUACGACUGCUGCAUCCACGACUGCUGCACCCACGAUUACAACAACUGAACCAACAACAACAACACCAACAAGUACUACGUCGGCAACGAAGAAACCUACAACAUCUAGACUAGUUCCGAAACGUGGUAAUAAGAAUAAGCCGUUUAAAGAGCGACCCGAAAAUCUGAACGAAAAAUAAUAAAUUACCUAUAAAAUAAAUGUUUAUAAGAAAAUAUGAUUUAGGUAUUUAAUUUUUAGGUAUAACAAAUUUCUUGCAAAAAAGGGCAAUUUGACAGAUCUAAAUACACGAAGUUACGAUUUAUAAAUAACCGAUUUUUAGGUAGCACCUACCAACGUACUUAGGUAGGCA